AUCAGAGUGUCGGCGUCUGCAGGAGCUUACAGGGCAAGAGUUCACUGCUCUGUCGCUAACUCCGGGAGUUCCUCUCAGUUUCAUGAUAGCUGGCGAAGUUUACAGGCAAACACUGGAACUCAUGACAACUACGAAGGAGUCGCUGUCCGCAAAAUACCUCCAGCCUUACUCAUGGAUAUAAAUUAAACCCGUGAAAUACAGCGGAUACUUUGAGUCGGUGUGGAAGGCGGUGUUUUGCCAAGAUGCCCUUGUAAACGGCGAGAGUUUUCUGGGGGUGUUUUAGAGAGAGGGGCCAUGAGAGAGACACAAUGUCCAUUGGAGCUGAUAGCUGACGCUGUAGAAUGAGAGAGGAUGGAACAGACAGACAACCCUGCCCCCGUGAGCAACAACCCUAAUGGGUUUGUCAACCGAGUGUUUAAUGUCUCUCUGGAUGUGGAGAAUGAGAGCAGCAGUGUUUAUAUUGAGGAGGAUGGGCCAGGGCCUGCAGAGGGGCAGGGUGACCCCCAGGCUGCCUCUUCUCAGACCCCUGUCAAGGACAGACAGGAGGUCAACCGGAGGCCCCGUGCUACAGGGGGCAUCUGGAAGAUGUUGAACCGAAAGAGAGCUGCUUCAGAGCUGGAGCGCAGACCCCACUCCAUGAUCCUGCCCGGGGAGGCUUCUAUCCCUAAACUCUCAUUUGCUGACAAAGUUCGCUCCUUUAAGAAGCUUAAAUCCCCUAAUGUGUUUCGAGGGAAGACAGGGAAACUGUCCACUGCCAAGUUCGGCAGCUCUUUAAUCGAUGAGGACUCUUUCUGCCACGACAUUGGCACUCCCCAGCAGUCCAGCAGGGGCACUCUCAGAAACCGUGGCAAGAGGCACUCCUAUGCAGGCUACACAGCAGAAUUUGAAUGCUCGUUUGAAGACAUCGACCUCACAGCUACUUUAGACAGACACCAACCCAGUGAAACAGGGGAGACUGUGACUCAGAAUGGUUGUAAACCACCAGAAAGAGUCUGCUAUUCUAAAAGAAACCACAACAACUCUACCAACUGUAAUAAAACUGCUGCAGGAUGCGAGGAGCCCAGCAUUAAAGGUAGCCCGAGCACCCACCAGGGUAGGGGAAGGAAGAACAAAGACGUGUGGAGUUACCUGAGGAGGAUCUCCCUGUUGGGGAAGGCCAAUCCCGUCUUCUCAGAGAGGAGCUUUGACUCAGACCUUCACUCCUGGGACAAGACCAUGGACUCAGACUGCGGUUCUGUGGACUUUGAGAACGUCAAAGACUUUCAACCGCCCCCCCCGAGACACUCUGACACCAAGGGGCACUUUGGGGGUCUGUUCAAGUUUUUUAACAGUGUAGCAGAGACAGCCAGGAAGUGGCGGACCACAUCACACUCCUUCGCUCCUCAAGAGGGAGAGAGGAUGCCGAUGAGCUCACCACAGCCCACAGUGGACAACAUUCACAGUGUGUCCCUGACGCUCCACAGUGAUGGGCUUCCAAAAUCCCAACCAGCAUCACCAGAGCCCGCUAAACCCUUGCACACAUGUAGCCUUGAGAGGGAGGAUCCAGGAUCUGUGGCACACGGACGGUCCCCUCAAGUUGUCCUGAGAGCUUUUCGGGCAUGCUCAGGAUCUCGAGCUGUUAAUGGCCUUCAGAGGUCAGAGGGUGCAGAGAAACAUUUAGAGACAAACCACAGGUCCAUAGCCAUAGUAGAGAAUCAUUUCCCAAAAGCAGGUCCAACUACAGAUACCAACAAAGAGCAAGAGGUGGAAGAGGGUCCAUUAAACUGUCUCUGUCCAGAGGAAAAGGUAGAGGGACAGACAGGAAAUGAGCCAGAUUCCAGGGAUGCUCCACCUGACUCCCACCCGGUACAGGAAGUGAGUGUCCAAUCACAACAAGGUGAUAAAGAAAGCUCCACCAAUAGCGUGCCAGCAUCAGAUUCCACAGAGGAGAUAUUUAAGGCCUUGUCCCGCCCUCCGGGUGUAUCACCAUUAGAGCCCCCACUGAGGGUGUCUCUCCAGCGAUGCCGCUCCCUGCCGCUCCCCCCCAGCACUCUCUCUGCCUUGGCGCUGCUCCUCCCCAAGUCAGACAUGGGUCAAUCGUCGUCGUCGGUGCGUCUGCGGUCCGGAGGCUCCGGCAGCUGCAGGAGGAGGAGGCUGCUGAGACCCGGAUCAGAACCACUGCAGGUCAACAUCUUGAUAAGUGGAGGUUCAAUCGUCAACGCUGAGGCGGUAUGGGACCAUGUGACUAUGGCGGACCGGGAGUUGGCGUUUAAGGCCGGUGACGUCAUCAAGGUGCUGGACGCCUCCAACAAGGACUGGUGGUGGGGCCAGAUUGACGAGGAGGAAGGAUGGUUCCCUGCCAGCUUUGUACGGGUGGAACCCCACCCUCCUCAGCCCCAAACAAAACAGGUUUUCUAUAUCAACCCCAUAGCAACUCCACGGUUCCAAAACACCACGUCAAAGCUGUGGGUGAACCAGGAGGAUGGGGGAGGGGAGCCGGCCGAGGGGACCAGCGAGGUGCAGAACGGGCACCUGGACCCGACCAAUGACUGCCUGUGUCUGGGCUCGCCCCUCCAGAACCGGGAUCAGAUGAGAGCCAACGUCAUCAACGAGAUCAUGAGCACAGAGAGACACUACAUCAAACACCUCAAGGACAUCUGCGAGGGCUACUUGCGCCAGUGCAGGAAGCGCGUGGACAUGUUCAAUGACGACCAGCUGAAGGUCAUCUUCGGGAACAUCGAGGACAUCUACCGCUUCCAGAUGGGCUUCGUCAGAGACCUGGAGAAACAGUACAACACAGACGACCCCCACCUCUCUGAAAUCGGACCGUGCUUUUUAGAACAUCAAGACGGUUUCUGGAUCUAUUCAGAGUACUGUAACAACCACCUGGACGCCUGUAUGGAGCUGAGCAAACUGAUGAGGGAUGGGAGGUAUCAGCACUUCUUCGAGGCCUGUCGCCUCCUCCAGCAGAUGAUCGACAUCGCCAUUGAUGGCUUUCUGCUCACCCCUGUCCAGAAGAUCUGCAAAUAUCCACUCCAGCUGGCUGAGCUGCUCAAAUACACUGCGCAGGAGCACAGUGAUUAUCGAUACGUGGCGGCGGCGCUGGCAGUAAUGCGGAACGUCACCCAGCAGAUCAACGAGAGGAAGAGGAGACUGGAGAACAUCGACAAGAUCGCCCAGUGGCAAGCCUCCGUUCUGGACUGGGAGGGGGACGACAUCUUGGACAGGAGCUCGGAGCUCAUCUACACUGGGGAGUUGUCAUGGAUCUAUCAGCCGUACGGGCGCAGCCAGCAGCGAGUCUUCUUCCUCUUUGAUCACCAGCUGGUCCUCUGUAAGAAGGAUCUGAUACGCCGGGACAUCCUGUACUAUAAGGGCCGCAUCGAUAUGGAUCGCUACGAUGUGCGGGACGCCAUAGACGGGCGCGACGACGACUUCAACGUCAGCGUGAAGAACGCCUUCAAAUUGUGUAACAAAGACAGCGAGGAGAUCCACAUCUUCCUGGCCAAGAAGCCGGAGGAGAAGAUCCGCUGGCUCAGGGCCUUCCACGAGGAGAGGAAGAUGGUGCAGGAGGACGAGAAAAUCGGUUUCGAGAUCUCUGAGUACCAGAAGCGGCAGGCGGCCAUGACAGUGAGAAAGGUGACCAAACAGAAAGGUGAGGCAACAAGAAGAUAUCAGGUGUAAACAGGUGCACGCCCCCCUCAUACCCGCCCCCGCAGGACCCCCUCAGCGCGGGGCAGUAUGAGGUAUCGGAGGACAUGGCACAAGGAGAGGUUUUUGAAUUCAGUCAAUCCAAAAGAGGCCAGGCUCCUUUCUGGCAGAAUUUUAGUAGAUUAGCUCCAUUUAAGAAAUAGAGACACGCGGACUCUUCUGAAGGACCAGAUAUUUUUCUUAGAAGCACUAAACACUGGAUGACCCAUCAUGAAGAAAAAUACGAGAAAAAAAAACCCCACACGAGAGACUUUUGACAAAUGAAGGACUAUUGUGAUCGGAAUCAGCAAGAGGACUGAAGACUUUGGAUUCAAACAUUUAAAAACGUUACGAUUCAUAUAUGUUAGCGACUUCAUAAGUUAUCACGCUUCUCCAGCUGAACUCCCCCCCUCAGAUUCUGCAUCCUCGCGCCAUCUGAAUGUCCUGGAGUUAUUUACAUUGUUAUAUUAAUUCAUUUUUAAUCCAUCGUCUGGAGAGAGAAGGCCGAGCCGGGGCAUUUCCUCGUAGUGAGACGGUGAUUUUAAAAAGCUGAGAUGUUGCUGCUAUGUGAGAGUGCUUGUUUGCAUUCUUCUGAAUGUGAGAUUGAAUAAUUGACAGCUGACGAAGGACCUGCAAACGCUCGGCGUCAUCUCUGACCCAUUCUACCACUGAUCACAGACCAGCCAUGCCAUUUCUGUGUCUGCCCCCCCCCCUCCUUCACUCCCCUCUCUAGCUAUCCGCAUUAUAGUAGCCCUCUCUUCACCCCGUAUGACGUUCUCAGUGUUUCCCUCGCUCUUUCCUCUCGAUCUCCCGCACACCUGGUCCAUCCUCUGUGAGUCACGGCCUCUCAGAGGAAAGAGCUUCAUCCUCUUGGAAGGCUGCCACCGGCCACGAUACGACGGGUCACAGAACAAAUCGAUAGUUGGGAACAUCAAUAGAAUAUUUACAUCCUUUCACCAAACACUUCUGACAGGGUAUUCAUAACCCAUCACACCCCGGGGGGGUUUUGACGAGAGAUGAAACAGCUGGGCGCAGGAGAUAGGCAGACUAUACGCUCCACCUGCCUUGUGUUAAAACCCCCUUUGACACCCUCCCCCCCACACACUCUCUCCCCAGAGACCACCCCUGUAGCACUGUGCUGGCAGCUCACUGGGCGUUUGGAUAGAGUAUAGCCUACCUCCGGAACGAGCUCUAAAAGUGAAGGCACUGGGCGAUGUUUAGAGAAGAGACUCCUUCUGUUCAUUGUUUUAUAUCUCUCACAUUGUAAAAAGCACAUAUCCAGUCAGAGGAACACCUUAUUUCCUCUUGUGUGAAAACGGGGCCCCCAGUGUGAUGAAUUAGAACAAUCCCUUAACCAGCACAAGGAGAAAUGGUCACAAAUUGAAAGAAAGGACGAUGCAGAAAAGUGAAUUUAAUGUGUAGCAUGCAGACGUCCUCUGACAGAUUCCUCUCUGAAGACUGCAGCUUUAAAAUCUCAGCUCUCCACCCCCCCGUCCCCCGUUGUUUUCCCCCUAUCUGAUCCAUGUGCUAGCCUUCAGCUUAAGUGAUUUACUGUCAUGAUCAGAUUAUUUGUUAGAUCAAAACAAUGUCCCCGAAGCUGCGAUCCUCACGCCACAUGAGGUUUUAGAAAAGAUCUAUUGAGGGAUAAACAAUUUCCACACAUCAUGAAGGUAUAUUCUUUUCUACAGUCGGGAAUGUAAGUGACACACGGUUCGUGAUCAUGCUUUAAACCUCAGAUACUUUUGUGUUGACUUAUUACCACCUGAUGGACAGUACAUAUAUGACAACUUGUGCAAUGUGAUAUAUCAUUAUAUAUCUUCACUACUCACUACCACGUGAUAUCAAAGAGUUUAUAUAUUGUUCUAUGUCAUUCGUUUGCCUUCUUAUAGGCCUUAUAACCUACUGGAGAAGUAAAAAAAAAAAGACCUUUUUAGAAUUGCUUUGUAUGUUGUGUAAUUUAUGUUUUGUUUCAGUAAAAAGGAAAACGUUGAGAAACGGGUGAGUCGGCUGCUGGUGUCUGUAGAGAGAUGGCUCCCGGUGAGAUUGUUUUGGAAGAUUAUUCCCUGGUCUGGCACUGCAAAAAAAAAAAAAAGAUAUGGUUCCCAGGCCAUGAUAACCUCAGGUCCCGUGCUACGCCCCCCUCCCCAACCCCACAUCCCCCCUACGUCACGCCACCAACACACACAUAAUCAUGCACACUUGCUGGCCCGUUCUGCUGCGGAGAAGAGAGAUGCUAUCUACCAGUGCCUUCCAGCAUUCCACUAGUGAUUAUCUAUUCAGUUUCACAGGCAGAUUUGAAUUAGUCAUGUAUUUUCCCUUCAGUGUGGGACUCGCAUCUCUCUCUCGUACUUUCUCUCACACACACUGGGAAUUCCUCGUUCCCCAGUGGCAGGAGAUCCAGAAACCUAAGAGGUCAGGCCUUUUUUUUUUUUUUUUAUUCCCCCCCAUAUGAGUCGAUACUGUGCCGUCUGACUGACUGAAACACACCUUAUUAUAUUAUCUCACGUAAUUGUAUUGCUCACAAAGAAUUUAGAGUCAUCUAUUUAACAUGCUGAACGUUGGUUUCAUUUCAAAUAUAUUAUAGUCUAUUAGUUUUCAAAGUAUAUUAUUAAGAAUCAAAAGAAGAAUCAUCUAUUUUACCUUUAUCAGCUUACACACUGUAAAUAAUGUAAAAAGAACAGAUCAUAUAUUUGGAUAUCGGUAUUUUGCGUUGGAGACGAAUGUUGUUCCAGUUCUUGCGUGCGGUAGACCUCAGUACCAGGUAAAUGCAUGCUCGUGGCAUCCGAUAUUUUGCAUGAGACUUUAGACAAAUCUUAACAGAUUGUUUAGUUUCAUUUUACUUCCAAUGGGGGAUUUUUUUUAUUUGUACCACACACCGCGGAACCAUUCAUUUUGUGAAGCCCAUACCAUCUCACUGAAGGGAGUUCUUUUCUCUGUCCACCUGUCUCCUGCUCACAUCACCGCUUUGUAGCUUCUGGUUUUUAUUUAUUAAGCAGAGUGGGACAUCUUUCCUGAACUGUUGAUAGGUGAAAUGAAAGGCACUAAUGCUCUCUUUGCCCAUAUAUAUUGGGUACUAUAAACUGUAAUUCUAAAAAGUAUUUCUUUGACUCCAACAUGCACUGUCAUAUUCCAAACUGCUGGUUUUUCAUUUGUUUUAUUUUGAUUUGAAUACCAUUAACCGCUGAGGCAAAACGGGUAUCAUUUUUCUAUGACAACGGCGAACCAAAUAGGAGUUAGCACUGAUCAUGGGUAUUUGUGUAUAGAUUUGUAGUCAAGCAGAAGAGCUGAAUAAAUGAAAACCUCCCGGGAUGAGCUAAAAAUAAACAUAAUCCUGUAGACACACACACACACACACACACACACACACACACACACACACACACACACACACACACACACAGUACUUCAUUACAAUUCAUAUCAUGCUCUUGUUUCUAUUUAAGAAAUUAUUCUUUUGACUUGACAGUAACAAAUUAAAUUCUUCACUUGUAUUUAUUGAAUGCAGUAUUAAAUAGUACCGUUUUAGCCAUGCUGUUAAAAGGGUGUAUAUAUUGGUUUUAUUUCUCUUAUAUGAUUAUCAUCUGACCUUGUGCUGAGAGCUGAGAGGACAGCCUUUUUUUUUCUUUCUAUUUCCGGUAGUAAAAACCGAGACAGCCAAUUUAGCAGACUGUCAAUUUGAUGCAUCAGAGGUUUGCUCAGAUUUAUGUCGUUCCUUUCAGCACACUCACAUUUAGCAUAUCUUCAGUAGGAAAUCCUCGCAGUUGGUUAUGCAGUCCUGUGUUGUUUCACAAUAGUCAGGGUACAACAGUCUUCAAUGAGCCAUAUUAUUGAUGUGGUGUUCAAUGACAACAAGGUUAAACCGAAGACUGACAUCCCACUUUUUGGAAAUCUCCUCAUUGUAAAUUAACAUCUAGUUUGAGGUCUGGAUUUUUGCCUAUCACAGAAAAACGUACUCUCUACCCACAUCCUUCGUCACCAUAUGCAAACAUUUGUCAUUUUCUUUCUCGCUGGCCUUUUUAGUUUUGAUUAUUUGUUGUAGAAAUGAAAAAUAAUGCCUAUUCAAUCCAGAAACUGUGAAUGGGAGAGUGGAGAUGUCAACUGUAUGUACAUUAUAUGUUUUGAUGUAAUCAGAAGCACUGGGAAUAUGUUGUACUUCGCUGUAAAAAUAAAUCCAUAUCUGAUAUAGCUGUACUUUUGUUGAAAAUAAAACCUCUACAGAA